AUGGCAAUGAUACUCUUUGGAAUGCCACCUAUUUCGAUCCGAUCGGCCGAGCCAUUCAAAAGUUAUAAGAGAUUUACAUACACACACACACACACAGCGACUACAUCGCGAGGGGAGUUAGGAAGAGGAGGCGAAGUGAGGGGUUCCGAGAAAUUUCUUACUUCCUCUUCCUUCUACGCUAAAAUGUUUCUUUUUUCUUUCAAUUACUAG